AUGGAACUGGUUGACCCUGUCAUUCCCGCCACCGAUCAUGAGGUGCAGCAGGGGCUGCGCCUGCUGGAGGCCCCAAUUGUCGUGUUUGCCGAGGCGGCUUCCGAGCGUCGCUACCGCCUGCGCAAACUCAUGAUCGAGGGCGGCUACCGAACGCUUGACGACGUGCGUAGCAAACACUCCACGGCCCCCGCCGCACUGCCGCCCCCGCAAGGUGGCAGAAGGGCUCAAGGUGCGUCUGCCCCAAGCGCUCCCGUGCGAAGCAAAGAAGCCUUUUCGCUGGCGUCACCAGCGCUGGUGGAGCGGCGCCAGGCACUUUUGCCGCUCUCACUGGCGCGCGCGGAGCUUCGCAUCGCAAGCCUAAAGGAGGCCUUUGUGGCAUCCUCGAGGGUCCUUCGCCCCGCUCACGAGGCGGCCGUGCGUCCAUUGCGGCGCAUGCGCCUGACGAAGUCCGUUCGCAACGUCAAAAUGGGGUGUAGUCGCGGCAGUCACGGUGGGGGUGCGUCAUCCUCACUCGUAGGGACGCUUUGUAUGCCGUUCACGGCGUGCGCCGCCGUGCCCGUGCUGCCACACACGGUCGUCACUGGCGCAGCGGACGGCGUCGUCACGGUGUGGAAUACGGACGCCUGUCUGCCGCUGGUGAGCGUCUCUAGCUGCGACAGCGGCUGGGGGCAUGUCCAGCACCUUGCCGCACAUCCGACAAACCCCUUGGUUUUCUCCACUACCAUGUUUGAUUACUGUAUUGCUGCCUGGCGUAUUACUAGUGACGCGACUAAUGACGAGGGUGAUGCUACGAGUAACAACGUUGGCGUUGGUGCACAUGGCGAGAAAAAGGCUGGUCAGGCCGGCCUUGAGCGUGUAGCUACAAGUGAGGCGCAGCAUACGGCGCGCAUUCAGCGUCUUGCUGUGGAUCCCACAGGCUCCCUACUUGCCUCCACCAGUGAUGACUCUACUGUGUGCUUGUGGGAUUCCGCUGGUGUUGCGCCUCUGGGAAGCCUGCCGCAUCUGUUGACACAAGACGGCUAUGAAACGGCGGGGGGGACACUGGGCGUCUGCUUCCACCCGGAUGGGUCACUUCUCUCUACGACAGACAAGGCGGGCCGUGUGGUAAGCUGGGACUUACGAAGCGGAAGGCAUGUCUUUACAACGGCGGGAAAGCACGGUGGUCACUUGAAUUUCUGCACGUGUGUUUCGUGGUCGCCUUGCGGAGUUCGUUUUGCAUCCGGCGGCGCUGACAAUGUUGUGCACCUGUGGGACGCACGGUAUUUGGCGCGCGGAGCCGCAGAGGCGCCGUGCAUCCUGGUCGGGCACGAAGACGUCGUGACGUCGGUGUCGUUUUGCGCCAAUCCCGCCUUUCCUGUCCUUCCCGCUGCCGUGGCGUCGACCUCACUAGACGGCACCGUGCGACUGUGGGAUGCAGACGCCGCGGGUGUGUGCGUGCAGGUGCUGCAUGGUCCCUCACCCGUGCGGGCGCAGUGCCGCCCAGCCGGCGGCGCGGACACCGCGCUGCUGACGGUGGCGCACGGCAAGUACUGGUCCAUGUGGGACGUUGUGGCGGAGGGCGAGGAGGACGCGGUGGUUCCGACGGAAACGGAGGCGACGUCGUUCGUGGCACCCGCCCUCCUGCAGCACGGCGGCGUGGCCGAGGCGGAGGAGGAGGAGGAGGAGGAGGAUGAAAUGAUGGCGCUGCGCAAGGAGAGGGCAACGGCAGCAAAAACAACCGACGCGCCGUCCUUGAGUGGCGACACCGAGGAUGAGGAUGAGGACGAGGAUGAGGAUGAGAUGAGUUUCUUGAAGAGAAGGUGA